AUGAAGCGCAAGCUCUCGGACUCCGGCCUGGAAAAUGGUCAACCCGCAGGUUCGACCCCGAAAAGACCGCGGACCACCCGGGUGAAGGCCAAUGGGCCCCCAGACGGCGCGCCAGCACAAUCACCUCCGAACGGCGAUGCCACCUACGAAAUCCCUCCCCCAGGUCUAUCAACUCCUAAAAAGGCCAAUGGAACGGCGCCCACCCCGUUGAAAGAAUCCGGGCUGAAGACACCUACCCAAAAAUCCAAGGCGCGGAACCUCUUUGCGACUCCGACAAAACCGAAGACCCCUGCUGCAGGUACACCAGCUCGUCUCAAGAAGGCCGAUCAAUCAGCGAAGAAGAAGAGCGCCCGGGUAUUAUUUGAACGAACAGAGGAUAGUGAAUGGGAUGGGUCGGAGCAGCUGGCGGCGGAAAUUCUCCAAGAUGAGGAACCAGAAAAGCCUAGUGAACCGGCCACGGAGAGCGUUGAGGAUGCUAGUAAAGAGAAACCUAAAGGCAAGGACGCAAAGGCUCCCAAGCGCCGAGCCGGUCGACCUAAGGGUGCUGUGAACAAGCGGUCGCCGACACCAGAAGGCGAAUUACCUGCACAUGAGCGUUACUUCUUCCAGAACCGUGCCGGUACUAUCAAAACAUCCAAUACCACCUUGAAUAAGGUGCCUUUGCUGAACCAUGAGGAAUACUUCGAGAAGUUGGGACAAGCCGUGGAUCCUUGCGAAGAUGAGAAGGAAUAUUUACUCUCAUUGCAUCAUCGAUCAUUCCCGCAAUGGAAUUUUGAGUUCGAGGAAGGCUUCAACAUUUGUUUGUUUGGUUAUGGAUCCAAGCGCAAACUCGUACAAAAAUUUGCCGACUGGCUCUACCAUCGAUCGCCGUCCAAAAACCCAUCUAUUGUCCUUGUCAAUGGGUAUACUCCUGGUAUCUCGAUUCGUUCUAUCUUUGCGAUGAUUGCAACCGCAUUACUUGGCGAUGAUCUACCCACCAAACUAGGUGCACAGCCGACGGAAGUGCUGGAGCUUAUCCAGUCGGCGCUACAAAGCCGACCCGAUCACGAAGGAUCCAUAACAGUCCUCAUCAACUCGGUUGACGCACCGCCAUUGCGACGAGCAGCUAACCAAGCUCUGCUUGCUCGUCUAGCUACCACGCCACGAAUCCGUCUUCUUGUGACCGCCGAUACACCCAAUUUCACAGCAAUGUGGGAUAUCAGUCUACGCGAUCAACUAAAUCUGGUCUUCCACGACGGCACUACUUUCACCCCAUUUGCUGUUGAAGCAGAUGUUGUUGAAGAAGUGAAUUCUCUACUUGGCCGCAAGGGUCAACGCGCCGGCGGCAAGGAUGGUGUCGGUUUCGUCCUGAAGAGUCUUCCUGAGAAUGCACGCAAUUUAUACCGCCUUCUGCUGACAGAAGUGAUUACUUUAAUGGACGAUGGUCACCACUCCGACGACGAAGGUGCAAAUGGUGGGGAGAAUUCCGAUGAGCAUGGCGUUGAAUUCCGACUGCUGUACCAGAAAGCAACGGAGGAGUUCAUCGCGUCCUCUGAGAUGAUGUUCCGUACUUUGCUGAAGGAGUUCCACGAUCACCAAAUGAUCACAUCACGCAUGGAUCCCAGCGGCAUGGAAAUCCUGGGUGUCCCAUUAUCUCGCGAUGAAAUGGAAGGUGUGUUGGAAGAUCUGGUUCUCGGAUAA